AUGGAACCCGGACAGUCUGAAGCUAAACGUCCUCGUCUCGACCCUCCCGCUUCGUCACCAUGGGCGUCUUCACAUCAGGGACCCAUCCUACCCCCACCGCAACCAGCGCAAACUCAUCACCAUCCCGCCUUGUCUCCAUUCCAGUCUCAUAGUAUAUACGGUCGCCAGCCGGAGCCACCACCGCCUCACCAGGCUCACCACCAUCCCGACGACCGCCGCCAUCAUGAGCAAGAAUCAUAUCCACAUCCACCUCCGCCAAUGCAGGAUCACCAUCGACAACCUCCUCCCUCUCCGGUUCACGCACCGCCGUUCCCCCCGUACCGCAGAGAUUCGAUCGUGAAGAGAGAGUCCGGCGAGGAGACCCCUCUGCCCCAGAUGCGCCGCCCAAACUCGACAGGCAACGCUCCGGAGGGCCUGCCAUCGCAUCCAUCUGGGCAUCCUCCAUACCUGGGCCAGCAUCCAGAGGACCACCGAAGACCACCGAGCUUCGACAAUGGCGCCUCGAUGCCCCCGUCGCCUCAGGUCUACCGGCCUCAACAGCAGCUACCGCCCUUCCAUGCGCCACCCACGCCCAUCGCCCAGCACACACCCCAAUAUGACGCGCCUACACCUGGUUACGGGCCGCCCUCGGUGUCUGACAUGUAUUCUACCGUCCCGGUGGCUAGUGCAAAACGUAAAGCCCAGCGCGCCUCCCAGGCUUGUGACAGCUGCAGACAGCUCAAGGCAAAGUGUGAUGAGCAGCGGCCAUGUAAGAACUGCAAGGACAAGAAUGCCCUCUGUGUCUACAGAGACCUGCCGACUAAGCAGCCGGACAAGGUCAGCGCGGACAUUCUGGAUCUUAUGAGCGCUCUCAAGAGCCAAAUAACCAGUGAAUUCGGCAGGAUGGACCAGCGCAUGACGAAGAUGGAUCAGCGCAUGACGAAGAUGGAUCAGCGUAUGAUGAAGAUGGAACAGGCAAUGAGACCUUCCGAUCAGGCCUCUGGUUUGAAGCUUGAAUCUGUGGAGGACGACCAGGAACAGCAUUACGAUCAGUCUCCUACAUUGAACGGCAAGGACGCACAUGACUUGGACCCUCCGUCGCCGAACGAGGACGACGACCCCAGCCGCGACUACGUUGUCAAGGCUGCGCGAGAAACAGUGCGCCAGAUGGAUGACGAUGAGAUUGAAACCCAACCAGGCCCACCAGUGGCACCUGGGCAGCCGUCCCUUCCUGUGGACCACACAACAUCAGCAACGAACAUCUUGAAGUGGCCUUCGGUGAAGAAUUUAUGUGAAGAUUUUCUUCUGAAGGAGGGGAUCCAGUACGUUGGCGAGUUUCCCAUCCGCCAGGAACAGCAACGCGGCGUGCUUCGAGUUUUUGGUCGGGGAGAAGGCUUUGACCAGGAAAUCCGCACAUCGGUCAAAAGCGGCCAUCCUAUGGAUCAGAUAAUGACGGACGUCAACGACGAUUUCUCAGACGUAGCGUCGCCUAACCCCCCGCCAGAGGCAUGGGGCCAGGUUGGAGGCAUAUCGCCGCCAGGUAUCGAUACAUACAAAGGCGGCGUGCUCAAUUCCGACGGGACUCCGGACUUCGACCGCGCCAAGGUCGACCAGUAUGUCGACAGUUUCAAGAAAAAUGUGCUGAAUAUGCACCCAAUUUUGAUACCUGGGCAACUUGAUGCGAUGGUUACUGUCUUCCUAGACACCCUGCCGCCGCACACUGUAAAGCAAUCAAAUAAAGGCAGCGCGAAAUUCGUGCAGGCAAGUGGUUCGAGUCUUCCCGAGACAGGCAUGAAACGGAAACGGUCACCCGCAGUUGACGAGCAAAAUGCGCCGAUUGGCUUGCAGAAGCCAGGUCUGCCGUGCCGAAGCAUCCACAGCGCUCUUGUACUCUCAGUUCUGGCUCUUGGAAAGAUCUGUCUUCAUCAGGGAAAGAUUCCUGAAUAUGUGAAUGAGCAUGAUCAGCCAGCCCACAGUUCUCCCUCUGUCCGCAAUGGAGUUCUGUCUUCGCCCUCGCAAGGUUCUCCGCCGGGUCUUACGCCAGUACAAAAUUCUGGCCUCCCAUCUCCGAGAGAGAACGAGCGCUCCAUGUCGAGCCGGCGCCCGUCGUUGCAAGGACCCGGCUCCUCGCUGAAAGGCUAUGCCAUGAAGCGCAACCUCGACAUAAUCCCCGGCCUCGAAUACUACGCCCUUGCUGCAGACAUAUUCGGCAGUCAUAUCGGUGGCUACACCCUGAAACACGUCUAUGUGGCCCUAUUUCUGGGUCUCUAUCACGGGCAGCUUGGUCGUAUUUUGGAGAGUUGGUCAUAUAUAGCGCUUGCAGGACGAACGCUGCAGGUGGUGAUACGACCGAGCUUAUCCCGCUUAAGGAGUCUGGAAGGCCACGUACCCCAGACGAUUCGUGACAACCAGCUUGCGUUCGCUUUCUGGACUUGUUUGCAAUUAGAGAGUGAUAUUCUGGCCGAACUGCAGGUCCCACAGACUGGCAUCUUAGGCUACGAAGAAGGCAUGCCGUAUCCGAAUCUCUCCAAGAAAACCAACGAGGGUUACGCGCCUUAUGUGUUGAGUAGCUACAAUGCUCAGCUUUACCUCCGAAAGCAACUGAACUUGAUUCACGGAGGACUGUACAGCAGCGGAAUUCAAAGUAGCGGUGCUCAAGCAAAAACCACCGAAGAGAAGCUGCGAGAUUUCCAGGAGGGUCUCAAGAAUCCCGCUACCGCUGUGUGGAUCCCCCCCGAAUUUCGCUUUGAAGCCACUGAGCCACCGGCAAGUGACAUUCUUGCAGCACGUUUGCGUGCAAAGUACUGGGGCUCUCAGGUGCUCCUAUAUCGACCCUACGUGGAUUAUGUUCUUCACGGCGGAAGAUUGGGGAAACGCCACUUCAGCGAACCUCCCCCCCCUCGCAGUCAGUGGGCAGCGAAAGGGCUCGAUCUGGACGGUUAUCACGUGCCUGACGAGUUAGACCCACGAGCCCUUAACUAUGCGCGAUUGGGCAUAUUUGCCCUUGUGGAAAGCACUCGGGCCUUCCAUGGCCUCGACCCCAGGCACCGCCUGCAAGUCACGAAUGUUUUCACAACUGCUCAUGCUCAAUGGGGCAACCUGCUUGUUCUAGCAGCCUGCCACCGGCAUCCAGUUUUGAGCCAGUUCAUCCCCCGAGAACUCUUGCAAACUCUAUUUAGCCGGAUCAUCGGCUUCUUCAAGCUGAUUUCCCAUUCAACAAGCCCUCUCAAGAUGGACAUGAACAUCCUAAUUGGACUCUCUCGGAAACUAGGGUUCUCUAUAGAGGACGUCCACGGCCGUGCGAACUCGAGCUUCUCCAGCAUGACCAGUGCAGGGCCAAUACCAACAUCAACGCCCGGUGACAACUACCAUCCGGGCACGCCCGUGAUGGCCCCUCCGUCACAUGGCAUGUAUUGA